CGCAGUGAUGAUGAGGACGACCUGCCAGUGCAGCUGGGUAAUUCACCUGCAAGACAAGCGUCAUAAACCAGCUCUUCAUUAACAGCUAUGUUUAAUCAACAGGACUGAGCGGAGCAGCUGUGGGGUUUGAUAUUGCAACGUUGCUGUUGAGCUGAGCAGAGGGAGUGCAUCGCUGAAAGAUGGAGGAGUUCAAGAGCAGUACUCUGGGCCGGGUAACGGUCUACUCUAUCCAGGGCUGCCCACACUGUGUGCAGGCUAAAGCCACCCUUGGACGUUUGGGAGUCCCGGUAUGUGAUGUGGAUGUUGGAAGGCAUCCAGAGCUAAGAGCCCGGGUGAAGGAGCUGACAGGACGCAGCUCAGUGCCUCAAAUCUUCUUCAACAAUAUUCAUGUCGGGGGCAACGACGACCUACAGAAACUGGCUCCUGAGGAGCUUCAAAGGUUGGUGAAUCUGGUCAUGAAAGAGCCUCUUCCAGCAGAUGCUCCACCACUACCAGAGGAGAAUCCACCAGAGGACAUGGCUGGGGAGAGAGAUGGAGAGUUUAUGUGUGAGAAAGAUGAGUUGGCAGACCUGGUAGGGGACCUCAAACAUGGCAGUGUGAUUGGCAAUCAUAGGAGGGGACUCACAAUGUACAAAAAGAGCUUCUCAUGUGAUCAACUGGUUGACUGGCUGCAGAAAGAGAAGGGCAUGGCCAGGGCCGAGGCCUGUAAUACUGGCCAGGCGUUGUUGCAGAAGAAGUACAUGGUCAUUGUCCGUGGCUGUGGGCAGCAGGAUUGCAGUUUUGGAGAAGGGAAAGACACACUGUACAGGCUGCUGGAGGACGACCCUCAUUCAGCCCUCAACGCAGGACAGACCGCAUCCUGCAUUCCCAUCCAGGCUGCUGAACUCUCUUUGCUUGUACGGGAGUUGAUUCUGAAAUUGUUCUCUGAUCAUCUCUCUGCUGAUGGCAAGUCUGUGGACUACAAGGGCAUGUCGGGGAACCCUGCCUUUGAGCGUUACUGUGAGCUAGCCAUUCAGCUACAGAGGGUGGAGCUGCUUUCGCUGAGUCGGGAGGAGAAGCUGGCCUUCUUCAUCAACAUCUACAAUGCCUUGGUCAUCCAUGGGUACCUACGCCUGGGGGCCCCAACCAACAUGUGGCAAAGAUACAGAUUCUUCAACUACGUGAGCUACCUGAUUGGAGGAGAAGUGUUCACAUUGCAGGACAUUGAGAAUGGAGUCCUGAGAGGGAACAGAAAAGGUGUCGCACAGCUUCUGAGGCCCUUCUCCAAAACGGACCCACGACUACAAGUGGCCCUUCCAGAUGCUGAGCCCCUCAUUCACUUUGCCUUGAACUGUGGAGCAAAGGGCUGCCCACCAAUUAAAACAUACACACCACAGGACAUUGACAGCCAGCUCCGCAUAGCAGCAGAGGCCUUCUUGGAGAACGACGACGCCUGUUUGGUGGAUUCUGGGAAAAGAGAAGUGCGACUCAGUCAGAUAUUCAAGUGGUACAAAGCUGACUUUGGAGGAACUGAUGAAAAGCUGCUGAACUGGGUGGUGGAACACAUGGGUGACUCUCCGAAGAAGACCAGCCUGCAGGGGGUCCUUUCUGCUGGGAAGACCAAAGUCAGCUUCCUCCCUUACGACUGGAGCAGCAACAGUUCCCACUGAGCAUGCACACAC